GUACUACCGUCCUGUGGUAGUAGGUUGGUAGACAACAACCACCCAGGGAGGUACUACCGUCCUGUGGUAGUAGGUUGGUAGACAACAACCACCCAGGGAGGUACUACCGUCCUGUGGUAGUAGGUUGGUAGACAAUAACCACCCAGGGAGGUACUACCGUCCUGCCAAGUGAGUGUAAAACGAAAGCCUGUAAUUGUUUUACAUGAUGGUAGGAUUGCUGGUGUCUUUUGUCUGUCUCAUAAAUAUGCAAGAUUACAGGCAUGUCUUGCUACUUCUACUUACACUUAGGUCACGCUACACAUACAUGUACACGUUUAUUUAUACACACUCAUCUGAGUUUUCUUUGAUUUUAUCUUAAUAGUUCUUGGUCUUAUUACUUUUCCUUUUAUAUCCAUGGAGAAGUGGAAUAAGAAUCUUUCCUCCGUAAGCCAUGCGUGUUGUAAAAGUCAACUAAAAUGCCGGGAACAAUGGGCUAGUAACCCCUUUUCCUGUAAAGAUUACUAAAAAGAAUAGGAAGAAAAUUGUCAAAGUGGGAAGUCUGAAUGUGCGUGGAUGUUGUGCAAAUGAUAAGAAUGAGAUGAUUGUGGAUGUUAUGAAUGAGAAGAAACUGGAUGUCCUGGCUUUAAGUGAAACAAAGCUGAAGGGGAUGGGAGAGUUUCAAUGGAGAGGAAUAAAUCGGAUUAGGUCAGGGGUUUCAAAUAGAGUUAGAGCUAAAGAAGGAGUAGCAAUAAUGUUGAAGGAUAAGCUAUGGCAGGAAAAGAGGGACAUAAAUGUAUAAAUUCAAGGAUUAUGUGGAGUAAAAUAAAGAGUGGAUGUGAAAAGUGGGUUAUAGUAAGCGUGUAUGCACCUGGAGAAGAGAGAAGUGUAGAGGAGAGAGAGAGAUUCUGGGAAAUGUUGAAUGAAUGCGUGGGGAGUUUUGAAUCAAGUGUGAGAGUAAUGGUGGUUGGGGAUUUCAAUGCUAAAGUGGGUAAAAAUGUUAUGGAGGGAGUAGUAGGUAAAUUUGGGGUGCCAGGGGUAAAUGUAAAUGGGGAGCCUUUAAUUGAGCUAUGUGCAGAAAGAAAUUUGGUAAUAAGUAAUACAUAUUUUAUGAAAAAGAGGAUAAAUAAAUAUACAAGGUAUGAUGUAGCACGUAAUGAAAGUAGUUUGUUAGAUUAUGUAUUAGUGGAUAAAAGGUUGAUGGGUAGGCUCCAGGAUGUACAUGUUUAUAGUGGGGCAACUGAUAUAUCAGAUCAUUAUUUAGUUGUAGCUACAGUUAGAGUAAGAUGUAGAUGGGAAAAGAGGAAGGUGGCAACAACAAGUAAGAGGGAGGUGAAAGUGUAUAAACUAAGGGAGGAGGAAGUUCGGGUGAGAUAUAAGCGACUAUUGGCAGAAAGGUGGGCUAGUGCAAAGAUGAGUAGUGGGGGGGUUGAAGAGGGUUGGAAUAGUUUUAAAAAUACAGUAUUAGAAUGUGGGGCAGAAGUUUGUGGUUAUAGGAGGGUGGGGGCAGGAGGAAAGAGGAGUGAUUGGUGGAAUGAUGAAGUAAAGGGUGUGAUAAAAGAGAAAAAGGUAGCUUACGAGAGGUUUUUACAAAGUAGAAGUGUUAUAAGAAGAGCAGAGUAUAUGGAGAGUAAAAGAAAGGUGAAGAGAGUGGUGAGAGAGUGCAAAAGGAGAGCAGAUGAAAGAGUGGGAGAGGCACUGUCAAGAAAUUUUAAUGAAAAUAAGAAAAAAUUUUGGAGUGAGUUAAACAAGUUAAGAAAGCCUAGGGAAAGUAUGGAUUUGUCAGUUAAAAACAGAGUAGGGGAGUUAGUAGAUGGGGAGAAGGAGGUAUUAGGUAGAUGGCGAGAAUAUUUUGAGGAACUUUUAAAUGUUGAGGAAGAAAGGGAGGCAGUAAUUUCAUGCACUGGCCAGGGAGGUAUACCAUCUUUUAGGAGUGAAGAAGAGCAGAAUGUAAGUGUGGUGGAGGUACGUGAGGCAUUACGUAGAAUGAAAGGGGGUAAAGCAGCUGGAACUGAUGGGAUCAUGACAGAAAUGUUAAAAGCAGGGGGGGAUAUAGUGUUGGAGUGGUUGGUACUUUUGUUUAAUAAAUGUAUGAAAGAGGGGAAGGUACCUAGGGAUUGGCGGAGAGCGUGUAUAGUUCCUUUAUAUAAAGGGAAAGGGGACAAAAGAGAUUGUAAAAAUUAUAGAGGAAUAAGUUUACUGAGUAUACCAGGAAAAGUAUACGGUAGGGUUAUAAUUGAAAGAAUUAGAGGUAAGACAGAAUGUAGAAUUGCAGAUGAGCAGGGAGGCUUCAGAGAGAGUAGGGGAUGUGUAGAUCAAGUGUUUACAUUGAAGCAUAUAUGUGAACAGUACAGUGGACCCCCGUUAACGAUAUUUUUUCACUCAAGAAGUAUGUUCAGGUGCCAGUACUGACCGAAUUUGUUCCCAUAAGGAAUAUUGUGAAGUAGAUUAUCCAUUUCAGACCCCCAAACAUACACAUACAAACGCACUUACAUAAAUACACUUACAUAAUUGGUCACAUUGGGAGGUGAUCGUUAAGCGGGGGUCCACUGUAUUGGCUUUACGGCAACAGUCUGGAACCUAAUUCGCAGUAUUAGUGAGGUACGCCCAUAUUUUAAUACAAGAAAAAUUUCAUACAGAAAAUCAAUCGUUCAUACCACCUAGUCCAUCAUGGGCCAGCCAGCGAUCUCUGUUGCCAUAGCUUGUACACUAUCGACUGCUCCACUCUAAUGCAGUGCCUGAGACACGUUGCUUAGUCGUGUUACUGCAUCAAUACUGGCACCGGGAAAGCCUCCAGAGGGUUUAUAUAGGAUGGGCUGAGGGUUCGCAACUUGGUUGGAAGAAGGACUGGGGAGGGAGCCAGGGAACUUAUCUUGAAGCACUGUCAUUAUAUAUUUUUUUUUUUUUUGAGGGACUUUAUAUGGGCUAACAGAGCUUUUUGGGGGCUUCAGUCCCCCCUUGAACCCCUCCACUCUUGGCCUGGUCCCUGCUGGCACCAAUGGGUUACUUCGUAACAAAGGUUCAUGUUUGGUGAUUUUAACUGACAACUUAAGCAAUAACAAUAAAUUAAUUACCGAUAAAUUGGUGCGCCUCAACUUACGACAUAGUUACAGUCCAACGAACCCAUAAGUCAAAAAUAUUGUAAGUCGCAUGUGAAUAUGAUAUGCUAAAUAAAUAACUACUGUCACUGAAUAAGUAAAUAAACAAAUAAUUACUGUAACUAAAUACCAGAGUUGAAAAGUAAAUAAAUGAUUACAAGUUAUGGACUUGCCGCCAUCUUGAUGGAUAGUUAUCUUAAGUUUUGUUUCCAAAGUAAUUACUUUUGUACGAUUGUAAAGUCAAAAUAUUGUAAAUCGAGCAAUCGUAAGUUGAGGAGCACCUGUAUUAAUUAGAUCUCUAAGUAAAUAAGCAAAAACAGAGAAUAAAAGCUCAAGUCACAAACCUUCUGAAGGGAAUGAAAGACUCUCACCGUAUGACUAAAUCAUCGAGAUCUUCACGGGGAACACUUGUUUACAACCUGUUUUGGGGGAUCCCCUCCCCCCUCUAGCUCAGUCUAGAAGCCAGACUUCUUUCUUGCUACAUGAUCAGCCAGACUGUUGUUUACAGCAGCCCAGAGGCAUAACUAUCACAAAUCUGGCUGACCAGGCACAGGAUUACAAUAAAUAAUGAAUAUUUUACAGUACGUUUCUAUACGUAGUAAAAAGAAGUGUAUUUCUGGAGCAUACAAUACAUACUUUUCAAUUAAGAUACUGCACAUAGGAAGACAUCACUAUAAAACACAUGACUAUAAAUAGGAAAAAAUGACUAUAGUCAAAUAAUUAGUUGAGAUAGGGCAGAGUAGAUAAGUAUAGCCACACACAGCAAAACACACCUUUUAAGUUAGGUUAGGUUAGGAUGGGUUAGGUUAGGUUAGGUUAGGUUAGGUUAGGUUAGGUUAGGUUAGGGUAGGAUAGGUUAGGAUAGGUUAGGUUAGGUUAGGUUAGGCUAGGUUAGGAUAGGAUGGGUUAGGUUAGGUUAGGUUAGGUUAGGUUAGGUUAGGUUAGGGUAGGAUAGGUUAGGAUAGGUUAGGUUAGGUUAGGUUAGGCUAGAUUAGGAUAGGUUAGAUUAGGUUAGGUUAGGCUAGGUUAGGAUGGGUUAGGUUAGGUUAGGUUAGGUUAGGUUAGGUUAGGUUAGGAUGGGUUAGGUUAGGUUAGGUUAGGUUAGGUUAGGUUAGGUUAGGAUUGGAUAGGUUAGGUUAGGUUAGGAUUGGAUAGGUUAGGUUAGGUUAGGUUAGGUUAGGUUUAGGUUAGGACAGGAUGGGUUAGGUUACGUUGGGUUAGGUUAGGUUAGGAUUGGAUGGGUUAGGUUAGGUUAGGCUAGGACAGGAUGGGUUAGGUUACGUUGGGUUAGGUUAGGUUAGGAUUGGAUGGGUUAGGUUAGGUUAGGCUAGGACAGGAUGGGUUAGGUUAGGUUGGGUUAGGUUAGGUUAGGUUAGGUUAGGAUAGGAUGGGUUAGGUUAGGUUAGGUUAGGAUAGGAUAGGUUAGGUUAGGAUAGGAUGGGGUAGGUUAGGUUAGGAUAGGAUAGGAUAGGUUAGGUUAGGUUAGGAUAGGGUAGGUUAGGUUAGGUUAGGAUAGGGUAGGUUAGGUUAGGAUAGGAUAGGAUAGGUUAGGUUAGGAUAGGAUAGGUUAGGUUAGGAUAGGAUGGGUUAGGUUAGGUUAGGUUAGGAUAGGAUAGGAUAGGAUAGGAUAGGAUAGGUUAGGUUAGGUAAGGUAAGGUGUGCCAGAAAACAGGACAAGUGUUUCCUAAAGUGGGUCUUAAACAUAUAAUGACCCACAGCUGAAGCCUUUGGUCAUCUGACUGAUGCCUUCUACCGGCUUAUCACUCUACCACUUCAAAAAUUAUGGUUAUUACUGCAACCAAUUUACAGCACAGAAAGGAACCCUUUAUUAGUAUGACGUUACCAUGAUAUUUUACCAACACGUUUCUAUAUCAACUACAGUAAACUCUCUUAUAAAUUUCUAUAUGC